AUGAGAGAAUUUUACAUUUUACUUCUGUUUGUUGUUGCGGGCUCUUUCUACAUUUUAUUCUUUGGAGAAAAUUUUUACAGUUCUUCGCAAGAACUAACUGUGAAGAAAGAAUUAUUGCCGAAAAGAAAUAUUUACUAUCUUAAAACUCAUAAAACAGGCAGCACAACGAUGCUUAACAUGAUUUUCCGACUUGCAAUCAAGGAAGAACUCAAAAUUGGCUUUCCAAAACUCAAGUUGAAAGGAAGAACAAACUAUAUUUGCAAACAUGUUCCAUUUAAACCCUCAUGCAUAGAUGAGGUGCAAUAUAAUGUUAUUGCGAAUCAUCAUGUUUGGUCCCCAGAAAUCGACCGAGUUCUUCCAAAUGCAACGAAAAUAACGAUUCUACGCGAGCCAAUUUCUCAAUUUGUUUCAGCUUUUGAAUAUUUCGGGAAGUCCGUAUUUGGUUUCGAUGGAAAGAGCCCAACUGCCGCGGCACUAGAAAAGUAUAUUGAAAGAACGUCACCAAGCCUCUCCGAGAUAAAUAAUCAAUCGACAAAAAAUAAGAAAGCGAGGAUUGCGGAAAAUACUCAAAACCCGAUGGCAUUCGAUCUAGGUCUUUCAUACAUGUACAAAACAAAGACCGAAGAUGAUCUCGGAGAGUGGCUUGUUGAUUACUACGAUUUGGUCAUGAUCACAGAAUACUUUGACGAGAGCCUUAUUCUUCUAAAAGAGCUCAUGAAACUAGAAUUCACGGAUAUUGUUUAUCUUAAGUCAAAUUCGAAUAAGAAGAAGAAAUUCUCAGAAGAUAAUCUGAGUAAAGAAACAAAGGCACGACUUUAUUACCGCGAAAGAGUUGAUGAUGCUUUAUAUAAACAUGCAAAUAGAACUUUAUGGAAGAAAAUUGAAAAAUUCGGGCACGAAAAGAUGAAGCAAGAGGUAAAACAACUACAAAUCCACUGCGAUAAUAUUGUUGAUGAUCAUUUCAUGCGUCUUGGCGAAUGGGAAGCGAUGGCUUAUAUGAGGAAAUUACAAGAAGAUUACUGA